AUGUCAUCCAUUCGUUUGAAGUCAAUUAUUCCUCCACAACCAUCUACUCAACGUAACUUUACCACUCAUCUAUCUUACGAUGAGACUACGGAUAGUAUUGCCUAUCCAUGUGGUAAAUCUGCGUUUGUUAGAUCAUUGGCUACUGAUCGUGUCAUCCAAUUUAUAGGCCAUGGUUCUUCAAAUGUCACCGUGGUUAGAUUCUCGCCGAUUAAGAAUUCGCAAUACCUGGCAUCUGGUGAUGAAUCUGGUAAAGUGAUUGUCUGGGGUUGGACUGUAGAUUCUGAAACUAAUGUCGUGGAAACAACCAUUAAAUCCGAGUUUCACGUCUUAGCAGCUCCUAUCUUAGAUAUUUCGUGGGAUUUCGAAGGUAAGAGGCUAUGUGUGGUAGGUGACGGUAAAGAUAAAUUUGGUGUAUUCAUUUCUUGGGAUUCAGGUAAUUCCCUAGGUGAAAUUUCAGGUCAUUCACAGCGUAUCAAUGCCUGUCAUUUCAAGCAAUCAAGGCCCAUGAGAUGCAUUACCGUAGGAGAUGACGGUGCAGUGAUAUUCUACCAAGGACCACCUUUCAAGUUUGCUGCAAGUGAUAGAUCACACCAUCAACAGGGUAAAUUUAUUAGAGAUGUUGAAUUUUCUCCAAACACCGGUGAAUUUGUCGUGUCAGUGGGUUCUGAUAGAAGAAUUGUAUGUUAUGAUGGGAAAACUGGCGAAUUCAUCAAAUAUGUUGAAGAUUCAGAAGAAAAAAUUAAUGGUGGUAUCUUUGCCAUUUCUUGGUUAGAUGAAGCUAAAUUUGCCACAGCGAGUGCAGAUGCAUGUAUAAGAAUUUGGGAUGUGAAAGGAUCUAAAUGUGUUCAAAAAUGGAGUUUACCAGAAGCCUCAUUGGAAAAUCAAUUAGUCGGUAUCGUAGCAACAAAGAAUAAUGGAGUUAUAUCACUAUCAUUGGAUGGUUCUUUAAACAUGUAUGAAAUUGGUAAAAAUGACUGUAUCAGAACUAUCAGAGGUCACAAUAAGGGUAUCACAGCCUUAGCAGUUAACCCUUUAAUUACUGGUUCAUAUGAUGGUAGAAUCAUUGACUGGAACUCUGACUCCGCUGUCAUGUAUAGCAAUCACACUAAUCUCGUUGUCUCAAUAGAUAAUAGUAAGUAUCCAACUUUCUCCACUGUGGCGUGGGAUGAUACAUUGAGAGUCAAAGGUGAACCUCAGUACAAAUUUGAUUCCCAACCAAAAGUAUCCACCAACGACAAUAACGCUACUACUGCAGUUCUUACCAACUCUGAUGAUCUACUAGUAAUGAACUCUUUUAAUGGCCAGAUUUUACAAAGUUUGAAGUUGCAAGAACCGGCCAGUGCACUUGGCUUGAGCAAGAGUUUAAUUGCCGUCGCAUACGAACAAUCUAAUUCAAUUGAAGUGUUUAAAUCCUCAGAUUUGUCAGUGAGUUACAAAUUAUCGACGCCAUUACGCGCCACACCUUCAUAUGUUUCUAUUUCUCCGUCAGAAAAGUAUUUGGCUGCUGGGGACGUACUAGGUAAAAUUUUGUUAUUUGAACUAGACUCAAAGCAAGUGAAAACAUCCAGAUGGGCUUUCCAUAACAGUAAGAUCAAUGCGAUCUCAUGGAAACCAACAUCAGAUGAUGAAGAUGAAGACCUGGUAGCUACCGGCUCACUAGACACUAACAUCUUUGUGUAUUCCGUCAAGAGACCAAUGAAAACUAUCAAAUACCUAAAUGCUCACAAAGAUGGUGUGACAGGAUUGUUAUGGGAAGACGCCGACUCCCUUGUAAGUUCUGGGGCAGAUGCAUGUAUCAAGAAGUGGGAUGUCCAGUUAGAAUAG